AUGCCCAGCCUCACUGAAACUCGGCGUCUAGCCAGAGACUUUGUUGAUUCUGACCCUAACAUUGGCCGAAUCUGGGACGCGGGUGUCGCAGGCUCUAAGUCUUUCAAGCGUGGCUUCAAAGGCUAUGUGCUCCCUGUGCUACAAUGGCUGCCGAAUUAUUCGCCAAGUUGGAUUUUCAACGACUUGGUCUCAGGCAUUACCAUUGGCGUCUUGCUAGUCCCGCAAAGUCUUUCCUAUGCGAGCGUUGCAAACAUACCGGGCUCAUAUGGCUUGCUAUCGAGCUGGCUGCCGAUGUUGAUAUACAUGAUCAUGGGCACGUCUAAGGAUACCACUUCUGGCCCGACGGCUAUCAUGGCUCUCCUUACGGGUGAAAUUGUGACCGAUUUGGCCAAAGAAGGGUAUGAGACCCACGUCAUUGCUACCGCAGUAGCUUUCAUGUGCGGGCUCUACGGCCUUGCAGUCGGCUUCUUAAAGCUUGGCUUUCUCUUGGAUUUGAUCCCCGUACCUGUGUUGAGCGGCUACGUCUCAGCGGCAGCAUUGACAAUUAUCAUACAACAAAUUCCAUCCAUCUUUGCCGAGACCGCCUCGGCAGACUCGGUGGCAGAGUACAUCCGCGGAAUAUUCCAGAAGCUGCCGACGACGAAGUGGAGGGACUUCGUCGUCGGCUCCUCAGGAAUAAUUCUGCUUUGCGCUCUUCAGUACGUUGGACGUAGAUGGGGAAAGAAACAUCGAGCACUUUGGUUCUUGUCCAUCUCUCGGGAUGCGCUUAUACUGAUCAUAUUCACGGGCAUGAGCUAUGGAGUGAACAAGGAUCUGAAGAACCCUCUAUUCAAAAUCAGCAAGACGAGCGGAACCGGGAUACUGACGCCAACGGUCCCCGAUACCCAGCUUGCGGGCAAACUGGCCGGCCGUGCUGUGGCGGUCUUCCUUGCUACAGCCCUCGAGCACCUAGCUAUUGGCAAGGCAUUUGGUCGUCGACACGGCUACACUAUCGAUCAGAGCCAAGAGCUCCUUUAUAUCGGUGUAGCCAAUUUCGUCGGGGGCAUUUUCUCGGUCAUGCCCAUCACCGGCGGUUUCUCAAGGACAGCUGUCAACUCCGAGUCGGGAGUCAAAAGCCCGCUCAGUGGUUUGGUCACAGCAGCUUGUGUGCUCGUCAGCAUCUACAAACUCUCGGGGGCAUUUUAUUGGAUCCCCAACGUGACUCUCUCGGCCAUCAUAAUCACUGCUGUGUGGCCGAUCAUGCUAUCGCCGAAGGUAUUCUACAAGUACUGGAGGACGUCUCUCUCGCACUUCAUUGGGAGCAUGAUCGCGUUCUGGGUUACGCUGUUCACUUCGGUCGAGUAUGGAAUCGCCGCUGCAGUUGCAUACAGCCUGGUUUAUGUUGUGUUCGACGUCAUCCAUUCUGCCUUGUAUGAGACCUCGGCGGCUAGAUAUCAAGAACCAAGCGACACCCAUCACGUUUUGAAACAUGGACAGGAUCGGGUCGGUUUUAUAGAGGACGAAUAA